ACAAGGACAAAAGGGUUGGUAGAAUGUCGCCCGUGUGCGCAGCGCCGAAGGAUGCUGAUCGAAAAAGCAUUGCUAUCUGUCAUUACUAUGGUCAUUUUAAAAUUGCAAUUGGCACACCUUCCUAGUGUGCAUUACUUCGAUGUAAAGCCUUAUUCCAUUGGUUUGAUUAGUAAGAUGUAAACCAUCUGUAGAUAAAGCCAAUUAUCAACUUCUCCAGCAUGCAGGUUGCUUUUGAAUUAUACUAAUAUUGCAACCAAUGCAACAGAUUUUUCAGCUGCAGUUAAUUAUAAACAACCUAUUGACUAUCGUCCUAUGGGAGAGGAGCAUCAUAUUUCUCAUAAUCCUUAAUCAUCAUCAGUAAGGCAGGCACCAUGCUGACCAGCAUUACAGAUGGGAUCCUGUGCUGUCUGACUGGGAAGGCUGCCAGCCUGGUGAUGCCCGUCGAGUCUUCCGAGCCAGCUGACACCUUCGAGUUUGUGGAGGUGAAGCCUGGGAUAGUCCUCAGGGUUCACCACAUCAUGCCCGAGCGCCUGGCGCCAGUAGUGACGGAGGAGGACCAGGUAAAGGAGCCAGAGCAGGAGAAGGGCAGUGGAAACAGCAACAGCAGCAGCAGUGUGCACUGCAAGCGCAAGAUCACUGUCUACCGCAACGGCCAGCUAGUCAUUGAGAACCUGGGUGACGUGCUGCACUCUGAGAUCGUCCAGUGCCAGGAUGGAGACAUGGAGCCCUGCAGCACCGUGGAGGUGGAACUGGCCGACUAUAAGGAAGUACCCACCUCUCCUGAACCCAAACCCGUGCCUCCCCUGUCCAUGGUUGGGGAGCAGAAACCAGCACCCCCGCCUCGCCGGCGCCGCCGCAAGCCCAAGCGCAUGGUGAUGAUUGACUCGGAGAGGGAGAUCUCCAGCUGCAAGGGGACGCACUCGGACGUGGCGCUCUUUUUCGUGCACGGGGUAGGCGGCUCGCUGGACAUCUGGGGCAGCCAGCUGGACUUCUUCUCGCGGCUGGGGUAUGAGGUCAUCGCCCCUGACCUGGCGGGCCACGGGGCCAGCACGGCCCCCCACAUCGCGGCGGCCUACACCUUCUACGCCCUGGCCGAAGACAUGCGGGCCAUCUUCAAGAGAUACGCCCGUAAACGCAACAUCCUCAUUGGGCACUCCUAUGGGGUAUCGUUCUGUACCUUCCUGGCCCAUGAGUAUCCAGACCAGGUUCACAAGGUAGUGAUGAUCAAUGGAGGAGGGCCUACAGCUCUGGAGCCCAGCCUCUGUUCCAUCUUCCAGCUUCCUUCCUGUGUUCUGCACUGCCUGUCCCCUUUCCUGGCCUGGAGCUUUCUCAAGGCUGGGUUUGCCCAUCAGGGAGCCAAAGAGAAGCAGCUGCUGAAGCAGGGCAAUGCCUUCAACGUGAAUCCGUUCGUGCUGCGUGCCAUGAUGAGCGGUCAGUACUGGCCCGAGGGGGACGAGGUGUACCACGCUGAGCUUACCGUGCCCAUCCUGUUGGUGCACGGCAUGUACGACAAGUUUGUGCCUAUUGAUGAGGACCAACGCAUGGCAGAGAUCCUACUGUUUGCUUUCCUGAAAGUCAUCGAGGAGGGCAGUCACAUGGUGAUGAUGGAGUGCCCUGACACAGUCAACACCCUCCUGCACGAGUUUUUCCUAUGGGAGCCUGACAUGUCCAAAAAGAACGCAGCCAAGACUGAUCCUGACAAGACUGUUAUAGUCAAUGGUGUUGUCGCCCAGACACCAAAACCAAACAAGCCCAUGGACAAAUAACCAAUAGAGAGUCUCAUUUUACAUGAGCAAACCCAAUCCGAGGGCCUGUCUUUGGCAGGUGGCACAUGGUCUUAAGGCUGCUCGCAGGCUGAGAGCUGUUAUUAACAGGGCCGGAGUUUGUUGUGGAAGUGGAGGGGAGGCAACUGGUGCUCCAAGCUAGAGUUGGCAUUUGAAUAGGACUUAGCACUGUGGCAAGAAGAAAGGAAAGGAUGGAAGGAAGAGGAAUCUGAUGCAACGACAGAGAUGCGUGUUUCUGUUUCCCCUUUGACAGCUGUCUGUGCUUCAUCAUGUGGUGUAUGUAAUCAGACAGACCUCGGGUCCAGAGGAUGUUAUUAAAACAAAAUAUCAAUUCGUAAUUCUCUCAAGUACCAAACUCGGUUGGUGAGUGGGUUAUUAUGAACUGAAGUGAGGAGGGCAUGAUCAUUAAGUGGUGUGUGGAUCGCCUUGCUACCUAUCAUCCAUUAUCUUGUGAGUAAUAUAUCACUGCUGAUUGGUGUCCUGAUGAAAUGAUGAUCUUAUAAAACUGGGUCCAUAUUAUGGAUUCACUUCAAAGGGGAAAAUAAUGAACUUGGAAAACUGUGAAACUAUCCAGACAAUACAAGUCAAUGAGUGGCUGUGGUGUAUUAUGGGAGUAAGAUUGCUCAUGCCACAUUGCGAUCCAGUUUGUAUGAGGUCAUCAUUGUAAUCAUCCCCUACUGAGCAGGUUAUAGACUAAAGUGUUGACUGGAUGGAAGUGGUGAAUGGAUUGGUAAUUGUUAUGGCAAAUAUACAUGCAAUAAGUUACUACAAGACAUACACCACACACCUAAACAAAUGGGCCAUACAAGUUCAACAACCUCAUAAAAUAUUAUCAAGCCAAAGUAAAGAUGUUAAAACAUAUCCUUGAGCAAACUAAAUAUCUGUCAGUUACAGUCAGUAUCUGUCAACCUUGUCGUACACUGUGCAUUCAUUCAUGCUUGGGUACAGGUUCGUUUUUGAAACAUAAUGAUUAAUUGAUGCACAACAUGGAGUGGAGUAUUUUGCCUCAAGAACAUUUAGCCGUGUUGUCCGAUAUGAUGCAUUUAGAACCCUAUGCUUACUGUGUGUCUACAUUAUGAACUAUCUAACCUAACUGGACCAUUUGAAGUUGCUGCAUGAACAGGCUUUUAAGAUAUGUGAGAAUUUUCUUGUCAACAUGCUUUGACAGUCGAGAAAUCCAAAAACCUCCACUGUCCUCUGAGAGUAUAAUCUAAGCGGCAUUAUGGACAGAGGAGAAGUUGGACCAAAGCUUUAGUGAUAGGCAAUCCAAAUAAUGUAAGAGUAUUCUAUAACAAUUAUUUUGAAAUACUGAUGCUAGUUAUUCAACUUCCAAUAGUGCAACUAAUUUUGCCUCUGAAUUUGAUGUAACAACAUUAAGAAUGAUGUUGUUCUUCUGUCUACCAGAUAGUAAAGCAAAGCAUUUUCCUCCACUGCCCUCCAGUCAAUCUGUUUGUGCUUGCAAUGUCAAAGGUCAUCCAUGAUAAUAACCUAAAGGACAUAUGUUUUCAGGUUUCUCAUUUGUGAACGUUUUCUUGUCUCAUAAUGAGAGUGUGUCAUUAAUCUGUGACUAAGAAGUAUGAAGCACAGUAACACAAUUAUCUGGUUCGAUGUCUCCGACUGCUGCACACUGCUUAGUGCAUAUGCAUUAUUCUGAGAAAGGAUGCGAGAUGAUUAUGCAAUUUGAAACGAGAUGAGUUAUGAACUGUAGAGAAAGAUAAUGCAUAAGUAAUGGGAACAAGUAGGAUGAGGAACCAAUGAGUUUGACCUAGCUGUUGAAAAGAAGAUGUAUUCAUGUAGACUGUCUGAAAUACCAUGAAGUGCUGCUGAUGCAGUCUGCUAAUGCACUGUAUAGAUUGUUCCGACAGCUAUAUGGACUGCAGGGCACACAUUUGCUUCCUCCGCUAAAUGUAUUUUUAAAACGGUCCUAUCCAGUGUGCUAUCAUUUGUGGUUCAAAAUGUAUAAAUGUCAUUAAUGCAUUUAUUCAUAGACAUCAGAACUCAUGCACUGCCUGAAUGUAGGUGCAUAUAAAAAUCCGAUAUAUCGAACUGUUCAAUUGAGUGUAUGAAUGUGCCUUUACUGGCAUGAAAUAAAAAAAAAUGUUUACAUUA